CCCCCUGGGAAGCUGCCACGCUGGCCGGCUUGGCCCGGGAGCUGAGAAGCCGGCAGGUGCGCUUCAAGGUCCCUCUCGGCCAGGUGUCGCCCCGAGGCCUUGAUCCGGAGCUGCGGCCGCCAGGGCAGAGCGUGGUGGGCGAGGAGGCGCAGCCCAGAGGGCAGAAGAGCCCCGGGGGUCCUGGACAUCCUCUUGGGGGUGGGCAGCGCAUCUCCUCGGUCCUCCCCUGGCAGAAAGCGCCCCUGCUCGCUCUUCAGCCUUUUCCCCCCUCCACACGAUCAGACUCCAUCCGUCUGGAGGGUCUCCGUGCCCUCCUUGUCUCCUGCCACCCUUGCUCUGGUCUUCCACGCAGCCAUUGGGCAUCGGUGUUAAAGCGCUUGGCAUUGCAAGCAAGGGUCUGGGUGCUGCUGGUAGAACCCGCAUUCGUAUCACUUAGGGAGUUUCCCCACAUUUUCUCUGCCGUUGGGGCAAGGCCCCUGUGCAAGGGGCCAUAUAGCUGCUGACAUUGUCAAGGAGGGAGGUGCCCAAUGCCAACAGCUGCUCAGAUAAGAAACAGAAUAAACAGCUGCCAAGGCCAGGGGUCCAGCCUAUUUAAGGGAGCUGGGAAAUCUGUGAUCCCCCUAGCAGGACUGGACCUGGGCAGGUAAGGAGCAGCUCUGUCCCUCCUGGAGCAAUUUUGUAGCCCUCCUUUGGCUGACCCAGAGCAUCGGGGGACACCAGCACUAGGGCCGAGAUCUUUCUGACCCUCAGAGCUUGGCUGGCAGAGGGAGCAGGAUACUCCCAUUUAGGCAUUGCCUGCCUCCUGAGCCCACCUAGAGAGCCAGGUGGGGGUGAAGGUGCUGGCCUUAAAACCAAGAGCGGGUGAGUUUGGCCUUCGGUACCUCUCAGAUUGGUGCUUUUGUCCCCAGUUCUGGCAUGCCUUUCCAUGCCUUCACCUGGCUACCACUCUGCCCUAUCUGCCUACCAGGGAAACGGGCCCUAACAAUGCAGCAAUGCUACCUUUAGAAAUUCCCAGCCACGGGACAGCAGAGCAUGCAAAAUCCUCCUUGGGGGGAAAUGUUCAUUUCCCAGCUUGCUUUUAGCCCAUUCUCUGCCUGGCUGAGAUGCUCGUAAUCGCCAAUCCCCAGGGCAUCCUGUUCUGUCAGCUAAUCAAGUGAAAGCCUUCCAAAUUCUCCUCUGACUUUCCCCAGGGGUGGUGAAGUGCCCUCCCCUGCCCCACGUGUAAGUUUCCAAAUUCCAGUGGUGCCACCUCCUGCCAUUUGCAACGGUUCUGUGGCAUUUGUGGGUACCUGAAGUUACAGAGUGUGGCAAAUGCCCCUGUUGUAAGUUCACAAAGCGGAUUCCCCUUGCAUUUGACCAAUGGCCGAGCACAUCUGCUGCAGAGGUUCAUGCCACUACAAGCGUUGUUCCAGGCCAGCUUUCUUUUUCACCCCGUUUGGAUAAUGUCCUAUCAACGCACCGGGAAUGCUUCCCGUUUGCCCUGAAGUGGAAUGGCCGAGAGCAGCGCAGGGCCCAGCUGCCUCCUGGGGGCGCCAGUGUCGCACCCUCCGUGCUCCCUUCUCUUCUACAGGACGAGGCCAUGAAGACCCUCUUGCUGGCGCUCCUUGGGGUGGCUUCCCUCUUGCAGCUCACCCUCUCCCUGAGAAUCGGCGCUUUCAACAUCAGGGCUUUUGGGGACAAAAAGCUCUCCAACCAGACCAUCUCCAGCUCCAUUGUCAGAAUCCUGACAGCCUACGACCUUGCCCUGAUCCAGGAAGUCCGAGAUACUGACCUGAGUGCGGUCAAGAAGCUGAUGCAGCUAAUCAAUGGGGCAUUGCCAGAUCCCUUCGGCUACCUGAUCAGCAAGCCCCUGGGGCGCAACAGCUAUAAGGAGCGGUACCUCUUCAUUUACAGGCAGGACAGAGUCUCUCCAGUGGAGAGCUACUAUUACGACGACGGCUGUGAGCCCUGUGGCAACGACGCCUUCAGCAGGGAGCCCUUCAUUGUCAAAUUUGCUGUCUCUCAAGCAGCGGUGGAAGAGCUGGUCCUGGUGCCCCUGCACGCAGCGCCCGAAGCCGCAGUGACCGAGAUCGACUCUCUCUAUGACGUCUACCAGGAUGUGAAAGACAGGUGGGGGACCACGGAUGUUCUCCUCCUGGGAGACUUCAACGCUGGCUGUAAUUACGUCCGGGCAGAGGACUGGCCCUCCAUCCGCCUGCGUUCCAGCAAGGACUUCCAGUGGCUCAUCCCAGACACGGCAGAUACCACGGUGACCAACACCAUCUGUGCCUAUGACAGAAUUGUGGCAGUGGGUUCAAAGCUGAGAGAGAGCAUCCUGCCUGCAACAGCGCAAGUGGACAACUUCCAGAAGACCCUGAAGUUGAGCUCCAAGGAUGCCUUGGCUGUAAGUGACCAUUUUCCCGUGGAGGUGACCCUGAAAUCCACCUGAGCCCUCCAGGCCCAGCCAGCCCGUCCAAAGAAGCCGCUCCGGUUCCCUCGGAGCUCAGCACGGAGAACCUCGGCAGGCUCUCUUUCUGACACAGCGGAAGCUUAAAUAAUAAAAAGAUUAACUGCA